AUGUCUUCAGAAACUAAUAAAAACAAUCAAAAAGAAUCCCACAAAAAAACGCCAGAUCCAAUAGCUCAUGUGACCACUCAUGGUUCUUCAGCUCUAGGAGGUGUGGGUUCAAAUCCUUCAAUUGAAGAGCAAGAAAGAGAACAUGUUGCUCAUGUCCCACAAUACGGUAGUACGGCUCUUGAGGGUGUAGGUGUCGUUAAUGAUCCUACCAAUAAAGGUAAAAAAGACGAGGGAAUAAUCGCCAAAGCCAUUGAUGCUGAAGCUGUCCUUGGUAAAUAA